AUGUUUCAUGUGAGGAGCUCAGCGCUCAUUCUGCUAUGGGCUCUGCAGUGGGGCUACAAUGGAAAGGGGUUUGUGUGUGACUUUGAGGAUGAAGGAAUGUGUGGAUGGGCCGACACGUCGCCCAGUGCACAAUACAAAUGGGAGAGACAUCAGAGAGGGGAAACGGUGCCUGACAGUGGACCAUCCACGGAUUACACCACCGGCACAGCCAUAGGUUGGUUCAUGGGAGUCAGUGCAGUGAAUGAAGACUUGCUCCAUACUGCAGUUUUAAUCUCUCCAGAGAUUAAUCAGUCUUCAACAACGUGUCGCCUUCGCUUCAGAUACUUCCUGUGGGACUCGGGUAACACCGGCCUGGGCUCUACACCCUUGUGGGCAUCUGUCCUCUACCCAGGUGGUGAAGAGGCUGUUGUUUGGCGUCCUGAGGCCUCCAGUGUUCGUGCCUGGAGGGAAGCUCUCAUCUUUCUGGGCCGCAUUCCCUCAACUUUUCAAAUCCGUCUUCACUCACUGCGAUCAGUGGGACAAAGAGGAGAUGUGGCCAUAGACCAGCUGGAGUUUCUAGACUGUGCUCUUCCCUCACCAGUCCCCGGGGGAAACUGUUCAGCAGGGAUGGUGAAGUGUAACAACGAGGCCUGUGUGGAGGAGCGCCAUCUCUGUGAUGGCAGCGAUGACUGUGGUGAUGGAUCUGAUGAGCUCAACUGCACUGAAUAUAAUUCCUGUGACUUUGAGGAAGACCUGUGCAUUUGGGACCUAAGGUCAUUUUCAUCAUUGAAAUGGGUAAGGACAAAUCAGACACAGAUCACCAACACGGAUCCUCUGAAAGGACCAGGCAGAGAUCAUUCUAGUAACUCAGCAUCAGGUCACUUUCUCUAUGUUACGGUCCCUGAUGAGGGUCUCAAAAGUGACUGGGCCUCCUUCCAAAGUCGCUCUCUUGAACCCACCAACAGUUCACAGCCUUGCAAGAUGGUGAUGUACACUCACCAGUUUGGGCCGAGGUCGGGGGGUUUGACGGUGUUGGUUGCAGAUAAAUAUAUCUACCCAGUGUGGGAAAGAGGUGGCUCUCUAGGUGAUCUCUGGGUAAAGGCAGAGGUGGAGAUUGUCACCAACGUCACUUUCCAGAUCCUGAUUAUGGCAGCAAUCAGAAACUUUGCAUAUGGAGGUAUCGCGAUUGACAGCAUUGUUUUGUCUCCCGAAUGCCGCUUAUCAACCGAAAAUAGUUCUGUUGAAACACUCCCUAAACCCCCUAAAAAUCCAUGUGCUGAACCAGAUAAGUUGUGUGAUUUUCAUAUUGACUGUGAAGGAGCAGAGGAUGAAGCUAAAUGUGGUGAUUUCUCUUACUCUCAGGGCAGCUCUGGGUGGACUGACACCAGUCUUGGGAGUCAAGGUUGGGUACUAUAUCAAAAUUCCACAGCCCAAGAGGAGUUUCUGUAUGUAGCCAAAGCUCCAGGCCAGCAGCUGACUGAAGCCCAAACACGGACCCCCCUCCUAGGCCCCACUGGUCCCGUUUGUAGCAUGAGCUUUGAUUAUGCACUAACUGGGAAACCCAGUUAUAUUGGUGAUCUGUCCGUCAGAGUGAUCGACAGCUCAAUGGGCACGGGGCCUAAAUUGUGGGAGUUUAAUGGGAAGACUGGACCAGAGGCAGAGGAUUGGCAACAUGCUGACAUACUCAUUGGAUUCAGGAAAAAUCGAUUCCAGCUUGCUUUUGAAGCUCACGCUAAGAAACUUUGUCAGUGCUCCAAGAUUAAAGUGAAAAAUGUCCAAUUUAGUGACUGUCAUGUUGACUAUUAUCCAUUUUCUCCAACAGGAUUGUCAUGUAACUUUGAAGAAGGACUGUGUGGAUGGUAUCAGGACAGCAGCGACAACUUUGACUGGACAAUGCUCAGUGGGAUGGACCAUACUAUCAGUGUUGGCAGAAGCCUUGUCGUGGACAUGAGGAGUCCAUACCUGCACGGUUUGUUUGGACACUUAAUUUCCUUUCCACAGUCACCGGGUCCUAAAGAUUACUGCCUUUACUUCUUCUACAAAGUCUAUGGGCCAAAUGCAGGUACUCUGAAUGUGAAGCUAAUAGAUAACAAAGGUUUUGAGAUGGUCCUGUGGACCCACAGUGGAGCUCGUGGAAAUGUUUGGCAUGAAGCACAAUGCCCAGUACCGCACCAGAUCUCAAAAUUUCAUCUGAUGUUUGAAGCCGUUCGCUCUGGCUAUGAUGGACUCAUUGCCAUUGAUGAUGUGACAUUCUUGGAGGGUCCCUGUACCAACCCAAGGAUGUGUUCCUUUGAAGGCCAACAGUGUGGGUACACCAGCUCUAGUAAAGUUCAGUGGCUCCACCGCAGCGGAUACACGUCCACAUCAAAUGGGCCCAAAUUUGAUCACACCCUGGAGACUGAACAGGGUUUCUACAUGGUUGUUAACACUGGAGCAAGCAUCCUUCCCUCAGGUAGCACCGCAGUCCUCACCUCAUCUGUUCACCAAGGAACUACCCGUACUGAGUGUCUAAAUUUCUGGUAUCACAUGGGAGGAGUGAAUCCAGGUUCUCUUACAGUGUAUAUGAAGCCUGUGAAGGGAGACAGGGUCAAGAUAUUUACAAGCAACCUGAAUCAAGGAGAUGUGUGGCGUCAUGGCUAUGGCAAUAUUUCGAGCUCCCUUGAGGACUGGCAGUUGGAAUUUGAGGUUGUCGGAGCUGGAGGGAAAGACACUUGCAUUGCAAUCGAUGACAUCUUUCUUUCACAUUAUCCCUGUGAAAAUCAAGGUUCCAAGUGUAGUAUGGAGAGAGGCAUGUGCAGCUGGAGCAACACUCAAAACAUGACCAUAGACAAACUAGACUGGGAGCUGACGAGUGCGGAGAUGGAACAUCACUACCCAAUCCCAUUUGACGACCACACUCUGGGCACAGAAAAAGGUCACUUCCUGUUCUUUCCAAGCAGCAAUCGGACAGAAGUGAGUCAAAACGCUCUACUGCUGAGCCCUCACCUGCCCCCUACUAAGGGCACCUGCCUGAAGUUCUGGGUCUAUAAAAGCCAGUCGUCGGACUGCCAGCUAAAAGUAUGGAGACUCUCCGAAGGUCGUUUCAACCCGCUGGCUGAGACCGAACUUGUUGGACUGUGGAAACGUUUUGACAUUGACAUCACAUCUACUGAGGAAUACCAGAUUGUUUUUGAAGGCGUCAAAGGUACAGCAGGUGUGGUAGCUCUGGAUGACAUCGAAUACACCAUCGGGAUCAACUGCGCUAACAAAGUCACAGAUCCAAUAAAACCCUCCCCAAACCGAGACAAUGCAGGAGGGAUCGCGGCAUCUGUGAUUGUGGUCCUUCUGCUCAUCGGCACGUUGGUCGGCCUGCUGGUUUUCUACCUGCGAACACGACAGACAUCACCUUCCUCAUUUGUUGCUGGUUUCGCUAAUGAGUCUUAUGACACAGACCUCACAGUCUCUUGUAACACCAGAGAAAUGGAGGUGGAAUGA